UAGUCUCGAAAAAACCAUCGAUGGCAUCGAACCGGCUGGAACUGAACCAUCGAUAUUAUCAGUAGUGCCAUCGAUGGUUUGAUAGUACCUCAGCUCCCGCGGAACGCCGACCAUAUCACACGAUUCAGACAAUACGACCAGUGACCAGAGUUGUUCAUGUGCUCCAUCCAGGGUAUCCACUUGCAACCAGCGGACGCUGCGCCAUAGCCAGAGUUCCGGGAUUAAAAGGGCGGCGCAGCAGGACUCCGGAUUGGGGACAAAAACAAUCCAAGCACUUUUUUUUUCUGUAAAACCCGCCAUAAACCACCACAAUCACCAUCAACACGCCGAUGACCAGGAAGAUUGUGCUACUGAAGAACAAUGGCCGAUCGCGUUAUGUGCCAGGAGUUGGCCACAUCAGGCAGUAACUAUCGUCGCCCCAAAACGGGCGUGCCCAGCACCAAUGUGGUGUACGCCAAUGGAGGCGGAUCCUGGCGUUCGGCACCUAAGCAAGUCCAAAGGCAGCCGCGCCAGACAGUUCAGCAAUAUGCCACCGGCAUUCCGGCAACUGGAAGCACGGGCAGAAAUUGGGGCAGAGCAGCCAUUGCGGACGCCGCCGAGCAGCAGCCAGUAGAAUCCAAUGGAGCUGCAGUCAUGUCUCUGCCCGUCACACCGCGUACAACCAAACAGGCACGCAACAAAAACGAAGAAGCCAUCAUUGAUCUCCUCAUACGAAUCCCGGACAUUGGCAAGCUGUUCGAUGUACAUAGCCGGAUUGGCAACGGAACCUUUAGCACUGUGCUGCUGGGCACACUACGUCGGGAAUCGCAUCUGCCGGACAGUCUGCGUCGCAAGUUCGCCAUCAAGCAUCACAUACCCACCAGUCAUCCGGAUAGGAUAAUGAAGGAGCUGCAGUGCAUGACCAAAAUGGGGGGAAAGGAGAACGUGGUGGGCAUCCACUGUUGCGUGCGUCAUGACGCCUCCGCCGCUUUUGUGAUGCCCUUCAUGGCACAUGACCGAUUCCAGGACUUUUACACGCGCAUGGACGUGCCCGAGAUCCGGCAGUAUAUGCGCAACCUCCUGGUGGCACUGCGUCAUGUCCACAAAUUCGAUGUCAUCCAUCGCGACGUGAAGCCGAGCAACUUUCUCUACAAUCGACGUCGCCGAGAGUUUCUCCUUGUCGAUUUCGGUCUUGCCCAGCAUGUGAAUCCUUCGGCUGCGCGAUCUUCCGGAAGAGCCGCUGCCAUCGCCGCCGCCAACAACAAAAACAACAACAAUAAUAAUAAUAUGAAUUACAAACGGCCACGCGAGCGCCAAUCAAAGGAUGGAGUGCAGCAAGGUGCACCAGCGGAUGCUGGUUUGGGUGGAGCAGUGAAGCGUAUGCGUUUGCACGAGGAGUCCAGCAAGAUGCCCCUGAAACCGGUCAACGAUAUUGCGCCAAGCGAUGCGCAGCAGCAGUCAGUAGAUGGGUCCAAUCCCGUCCAGCCACAGCCAGUGCAGCAGCAGCAACAACAGUCGCAACAGCAGCAGAUGCAACAGCAGAUGCAACAGCAGCCGCAACAACAGCCGCAACUGGCGCAGAUGGAUCAAACAGCAUCGACGCCAUCUGGCAGCAAGUACAAUACAAAUCGAAAUGCCUCGGCAGCAGCGGCUAAUAAUGCCAAGUGCGUCUGCUUUGCAAAUCCCUCGGUUUGCCUCAACUGUCUGAUGAAGAAGGAGGUACACGCCUCCAGGGCAGGAACACCUGGCUAUCGCCCGCCGGAGGUCCUUCUAAAGUACCCAGAUCAGACCACUGCCGUAGACAUUUGGGCGGCGGGAGUGAUAUUCCUUUCGAUCAUGUCGACAGUUUAUCCGUUUUUCAAAGCGCCCAACGAUUUCAUCGCGCUGGCCGAGAUUGUAACCAUAUUCGGAGACCAGGCAAUACGGAAGACGGCCAUGGCUCUGGACCGUAUGGUCACCCUGAGCCAGAGGUCCAGGCCCCUGAAUCUGCGUAAGCUGUGCCUGCGCUUUCGCCAUCGUUCCGUUUUCAGUGAUGCCAAGCUCCUCAAGAGCUACGAAUCUGAGGACGGAAGUUGCGAAGUAUGCCGGAAUUGUGAUCAAUACUUCUUUAACUGCCUGUGCGAGGAUAGCGAUUACUUGACAGAGCCACUGGACGCAUACGAAUGUUUUCCGCCCAGCGCCUAUGACCUACUGGAUCGCCUGCUCGAGAUUAAUCCCCAUAAACGAAUCACCGCCGAAGAGGCACUAAAGCAUCCAUUCUUUACGGGCGCCGAGAUGGUCGAGCAGACGGAGCGGGAUCAGUUGGCCAAUGGAACACCGCGCAAGAUGCGUCGACAAAGAUAUCAAAAUCACAGAACGGUGGCCGCCUCACAGGAGCAGGUCAAGCAGCAGGUAGCCCUUGAUCUGCAGCAAGCGGCCAUUAACAAGCUGUGAAACUAGUCCCCACCAUGCAAACAUACAUACAUACAUACAUAAUUGUACAUACAUACAUAUACUAAACCCAGUUCGCCGAUCGAUUGUACAUAUAUAGCCCCACCUCAAGAGAAUAUCUCAUUAUUGCACCCAGAGCCAGAAGAAACUCGUCCAAUGCCCCACUAGGCCACAUUUACUUACCUCAAGCCGCAGGCAGAUAAAACCAAAUGAAACCACGCAACAAACACAUACACGCACUCGCACACACACAUGCAAACAUACAUAUGUAAUAUUUAAAGAAAUGUUUAAAUCAUGAACAAAAUGGGCUCGGAAUACCAAAAAACAAACGAGAUUGAUUAUGAAAUAUGGCCGAAAGGCUACAAACUGUUGUAUAUUUAGGAACACGAAGGCGACCCAAGUGCAUGGCCCCCAUCGCCCAGUGGCAAAGAAUUUUGCACUAUCCCCAUUAUGUUGUAUAGUUCGAAUAGUCUUGUAGCAAACCUACUUAGGUAUAAUUAUUGUACAUAUAUCUGAAAAUCAUGUGAACAAGGAUAUAAGAGCGACAAAUAUAUUUAUACCGUGAAGAUUGAAUGAA